AGCAGGUUCCAGUGGACAGCAGCAGGACGGACAGACAGACAGACAGAGGAACAGAGCUGUGUGAAUGGACGAGGAAGAUAGUGGGAGAAGGGCCUCUGUUACCUAACUAAAUCCGGAAAAAACAACAGCCAGUCCUGCUGAAGGAUUAGCUGCCUGUUCGUGCUGCUAACAUGGCCCUGCCCUCUGUGAUGGUGUUGCCCCUGCUAAUUGUCCUGGCGGCUGGGGUCUACUACAUCUACAAUGAGGUCAUGCAGUUUAUGUCCAAGUCCUUAGUGCGAAACAAAGUGGUGGUGAUCACUGAUGCUGUGUCAGGGCUGGGAACUGAGUGUGCCCAUCUCUUCCAUAAGGGCGGUGCCAGACUGAUCCUGUGUGGGACUAGCUGGGAUAAGCUUGAGUCUCUGUAUGACUAUCUGACUAAUGAUGCUGACCCCAGAGAGACAUUUGCCCCAAAGCUGGUUAUCCUGGACUUCAGCGAUAUGGACAGCAUGGAGAACGUGGUGGCUGAGGUGGUGGAGUGUUACGGCUGUGUGGAUGUGUUGAUCUGUAACAGCAGCAUGAAGCUGAAGGCCCAGGUGCAAAGUGUCUCCCUGGAAAUGGACAGAAAUAUAAUGGACAUUAACUACUUCGGCCCCAAUACUCUGGCCAAAGGUGUUCUUCCAACAAUGAUCUCAAGAAGAUCGGGGCACAUUCUGCUGGUCAACAGCAUCCAGGGAAGACUGGCUGUCCCAUUCAGAAGUUCAUACGCUGCAUCUAAGCAUGCGGCGCAGGCCUUCUUCGACUGCCUGCGGGCUGAAGUGGAGGAGUUUGGCAUAGUUGUUAGCACCAUCAGUCAUACCUUUAUCAACGCCUCUGACCCGCCACCUGGGGAGGAGCCUGCCCCUAAACCAAACACCCUGGCUGCAUUUAUCACCAGCCAGUUGACCCACGGUGUGCGCCCGUCAGUCCUGGCCAAUGAGAUUAUGCAAACUGUGAACAGGAAGAAGAAGGAGGUUGUACUGGCCCACCCCAUCCCUAGGGUGGCCCUCUACCUCCGCUCCCUCUUCCCCUCCUUCCUCUUUGCUGUGCUGGCUGCUGGAGUGAAGGACUCAGUCCUGGCUGAACCGAUGCAGUAAGAGAAAAUCUGAAAUGGAAUCAUAAAGAGAUGUGAAAUAAAACAAGAAUUGUUUGGAAAUUGUAGACAUGUAAUAGUAUAUGCUUGGUUGGCACAGCAGGGGCUUUAGGGGCAUGGCUACAUAUAUGCUAGAGCCCUGCACGGGCCCAAAAAUCUAGGCCCUGGCCCAGCUCUGGCCCGAGACGCUCAGGCCCUUGGCCGACAGCUUAUUAGAAUUUUCGGCCUGAGCCUGAAUGGAGCCAGUGUUUUUUUCUUUUUCCUCCUCCCCAUAACACAGCCUACACUACUGUUGCAGUCAUUAAAGUAGUUCAGUUUUGCAUUUCAUGGCAAAGUGGUUAUAUUUUGUUUAAUUUCUUGAUUAAUUUAAUUUUGAAAGAGUUUGGAGCCUUUCUUCCUUCUCUUUCUUGUAAAUUAAUGCUUUUGUUUUAUAAAGUUCCUCCCCCAGUAAACUUUGAGCGUCAAACACUUCAUUUCCUGCAUUCUGGUGAAUUUUUGGUGUUUUUUCAUCUUAACAACAAAUCUAUUAGAGAAUGUUUAAAUUUACAUGACAGUCAAAAUCACAACAAAUCACAUUUUUAUUUUUCACACUCCUGUUUUGUUCUUUAACCCCAUAUGUAGCACAGGAAGACUCAUAGUUAGUGGCCAAGUCUGCCAUUCCCACGCUGUAUUUAAAUUGCCUUUACAUGUAAAACAAUGUAUUCUUGUAAUCCAGCCUCACUGUUUACUGUUAUCGCCUCCUACCGCUGUAACAGAGCAAACAGCAAAUCAAAUAAAAGUAAUCUUGCAUUUUG